GUUCCUCAUGUUUAAGAUCACAUUACUUAUUACUGGUUUAAGUACAUCAUUAUGUCCAGUUCUGAACUCUCUGUGGUUAAUGAUGGUGUAUGGUGUCGUAUACGGGGUAUCAUCAGGCUUUACUAUUUCAGUGACAUCCGUGGUAUUAUUGGACCUUAUGGGCCUGGAUUGUUUAACCGAAGCUUUAGGGUUGAUUUCCCUUUCCAGUGGUAUUGGUUCGGUGCUCGGGCCUCCGUUUGCUGGUUUACUGUACGACACCACCGGGAGUUAUACGGCACCUUUCUUAGCCUCUGGAGCAUCAAUGUCGCUUGCAGCCAUAUGUGUGUUCCUCAUCUCAUAUAUCAGUAAAACAACAACAUAAAACAUACAACAUUUAUUUACCUGAUUUUAUCAGCUUAUAUAAACUACAUGUAUAUGGUAAAACUAAAUAUUCUGAACUUUCUUAACAAGGAUAAUAACGAUUCGCGUCAACGAUAUUUCGCCCGCCAUGUUAGGAAAAAAGCAGUUCAUUUUAAUUGGAUUUUUU